AUGGCUCCCAACAUGACUGGCUUUAAAAAAUCAUACAAGUUCAUGGAGGAGAAGGCCAUCCAUGUCUAUGUUCCAUUAGAGGCAGUAUGCAUCUGUAUAAAAGUUUUUCGGAAUCCCAAGUGUGGAAAGUACAAAGUAUGGUGCCAAUCCACUUGGAAAUUCUCUAGUGCAGGCCCUGCUCAACUGCAUAACUUGUUCAUGUCAACUAGUACUUAUGCAGGAACAUCUUCCCAUGUCUGUGUUGAUCCAGAGUUUCAGGCAGUGCGAUUCCGCCAAAUGGAUGUCUCUGUAGGUAGAAGCAAAAUAGUUGAUCAGCAGUGA